AUGGCAUCCUUCAUUCCCCGAAGUAUCCCAAGUAUCAGCGCCCUCCCAAAGAGGGCCAAUUGGGCUCCUGCUACCAUGCCGCCUCUAGCACAGCCCAUGGCGCGUAGAUUCCUUGCGACGACGACUCAAGAACAGCCUCGUCUGCGAUUGGGGUCAACUGGUACUAUGAACGCCUCCCAACUGCGAAAACCAUGCACUGACGCCUUGACAGCCCCCAAUUUCAAGGCGCUUACUACUCACGGCGAGAUUAACUUUCACAAGUACAUCGACAACACCUGGACCAUUCUGUUCUCUCACCCCGCGGACUUCACUCCAGUUUGCACCACUGAGCUCGGUGCCUUCGCAAAGCUGAAGCCAGAGUUUGAUAAGAGAGGAGUCAAGAUGAUUGGGCUGAGCGCCAAUGACCUUGGCUCUCACGACAAGUGGGUAGACGACAUCAACGAAGUCUCAAACACAAACCUCCAGUUCCCCAUCAUUGCCGACGCAGACCGCAAAGUCGCCUUCCUAUACGAUAUGAUCAGCCAACAAGAUCUCGAUAACAUCGCCGAGAAAGGUAUUGCCUUCACCAUCCGCUCAGUCUUUGUCAUCGACCCCUCCAAGAAGAUCCGACUGACGAUGAUGUAUCCUGCUUCAACUGGUCGAAACUCAGCUGAGGUCCUGCGUGUCAUUGAUUCUCUUCAGACUGGUGAUAAGAAAGGUGUUGUUACGCCGAUUGAUUGGCAGGUCGGUGAUGAUGUUAUCGUUCCGCCUUCUGUUUCGACGGAGGAUGCGAGGAAGAAGUUUGGUGAUGUUAGGGAGGUGAAGCCUUACUUGAGAUUUACUAAGGCUUAG